UCACCAUUCCCCUGCUGUCGCCACGUGUCCUCUGCUACACUCCCUCCCGUCUCUCUCAUUGAAAUUCCGAAGCAGCUCCGCCAUUCCAAAAUUCCCGAGCACGGUUUUGUGGUGUGGGCGCUGAAGAAAGAAGAUCGCUCUCUCUCUCGGACCGACGCCCGAUCUUGGCGGCCCGAUUUGGACCGAGCAAUCCGUACCAUUCUUCAUUCCUCCACCUACGCUGCUUCCUCCAUGUGGUUUGAAAUUGUUUGGUGAAUCACUUGCAAAAAUUAGAAAACAGUACGUGUUCGUGGAAUCAUGAGUGCCGGUGGUGGUAAUCAGUUGAUCUCUGUUCUUCCGGAGGAGCUCAGAUUUCAAUUUGAGCUGGAAAAGCAAAGCUUUUGUGAUCUAAAAGUCAUCAACAACACAGAAAACCAUGUUGCUUUCAAGGUUAAAACCACUUCCCCUAAGAAGUACUUUGUACGGCCCAACACUGGUGUUAUACAGGCUUGGGACUCAUGUGUAAUCAGAGUCACCCUCCAAGCCCAACGAGAAUAUCCUCCAGACAUGCAGUGCAAAGAUAAAUUUCUCCUACAGAGUACAACGGUGCCUCCAAAUUCUGAUGUUGAUGAACUUCCACAAGAUACUUUCACCAAAGAAAGUGGAAGGACAAUAGAGGAGUGCAAGCUUAGAGUUGUCUAUUUAACUCCGGGUUCAGGUCAAGGAAACUCAGAAGACGGAGCUUCUAUGCGUGGUCUUGAUGCCAAUUCUAAUCAGGCUUUCCAGCGCCUGAAGGAAGAAAGAGAUUCUGCUGUUAGACAAACACAGACACUUCAACAGGAACUGGACGUACUGAAGAGGCGGAGAUACCGGAAAGGUGACCCAGGCUUUUCCUUCACCUUUGCAAUUUUUGUGGGACUUAUUGGACUCAUGGUUGGCUUCCUCUUGAAUCUGUCAUUGUCUUCACCACCCAUAGAAGCUUCAUCAUCCACAGAAUCUUCACCAUUAAUGGAUUGACGUUAUUCAGGACAUCAGGAGAUAUCUUCGUGACAAAAUUCAUUGUAUAAUCCCUUUGGGCGUUCUGGUUGAUGGAAAGUUUGCUUUACUUCAAUUUUUUUUUCCUUUUGUAUAUUGAUGAUUGUUGCAAAUUUGCAUCGUGAUUAGUUGAUUUAUUAUAAAUAUAUAUGUUUCUAUUUGUCUA